AUGGGAGAGGAGCUAGCCAAGUUAUUGGAGGCCGGAUUUAUUAGAGACAUAAAACAUCCGGACUGGCUAGCAAACCUGGUGAUGGUACCAAAGAAGGACAAAUCCUGGCGCUUGUGUGUCGAUUUUAAAGACCUUAACAAGGCUUGCACAAAGGAUCCCUUCCCCCUCCCCCGUAUCGAUCAAAUUAUCGAUGCCACCGCAGGACACGAUUCGUUGUGUUUCCUCGACGCAUACUCCGGUUACCAUCAAAUCAAGAUGGCCCAUCACACCAUACGGCCCAUUCUGCUUCAACACAAUGCCCUUCGGGCUGAAAAACGCUGGUGCAACAUAUCAGCGCAUGAUCCAGACAUGUCUGGCAAAUCAAAUCGGCAAAACGGUGGAGGCGUAUGUGGAUGA